GUUUAGGUGAUGUUUUAAGAAUUGAAUGCAUCGUCUCUCGCUUCUCUCUAGGGCUUUGGCCGCUUGGAGUUUUUUUCCGUCUUCGAUUUUAAUCAAAGGACGGCUGCUGUUGUUUGUGCUUCAUACUCGAAGGGCGGAUUUGCCGUCAUGGCUCGAGGAGAUCGGCGUUGUGGUCAAGGUUCGAGGAUGAUGUAUUACUGUCGCCGUUGGAGAAGAUCGGCGCCGCCUAUCCGUUUACUCUGGUUGCAUGAAGCAGGGAUGUGUUUGGUUAUGCAGAGACAGAGGAUUGAUGCAUGGCCUUUGGCAGACAAAGGUCACGGAGUAUCAAUUAGCUUGGUACCGGUGGUAAGACCUCCUCCUGAACCACCACCAUGGGAUGUACGAGGUGCUAGAGUUCGUGAACGCUUUUCUUGUGGUUUUUAUUUGUUUGUUAUUUGUUUCCUUGUGUCCACUUUUGUUGUUGAUUUUGACAGUUUGUUUGAGUUUUUUGCCUCUCUUUAUGUCAUUGGGUAUGGUUGGAUCUAUGGGAAUAGGUUUGGCUGUGUCAAGCCCACUACAUGGUUAGCGAUUCGUGUUGCUCUCUCAGGGGUGACCGUCUCAAAGUCUCACGAUAGGGUUACAGUCGUAGUUGUUAAAGUUUCAGUUGGUGUCAGUUUUAUUUUCCUUUUGCUUGAUGUAAUGAUCCUGAAUCUUUUGAUAUGAAUAAAGGCCCGUUUGAUCAUCAAAAAAA